AUGGGUGUUCUCAGUUCAUUGUCGCUACUCAACUACGUGGAAGGCGCUGGAAUAUGCGCUGUUCUAUACACAAUCGGCCUGGUGAUUUGUCGUCUAUGGUUGAGCCCAAUUGCAUCUUUCCCGGGGCCAUGGCUCGCUCGCAUCACCUUUUGGUAUGAGUUUUAUUACGAUUGGGUGAAGGCCGGACAGUUUUAUAUGCAGAUUGAACAUAUGCAUCGACAAUAUGGUCCGGUCGUACGCAUCACGCCUACCGAGAUUCAUGUCCGUGAUCCGGCAUUUUAUCACGAGCUCUUUGUAACAGGGGCUGUUCGAGAGACAAACGCUUACCCGAGAUUCGCAGAAGGGACUGGUUUUGAAGAUAUGGUCGCCGUUUCUACCACCCACGAGAUGCAUCGCGCAACACGAGCUCCCUUGAAUCCCUUCUUUUCGGUAGCUGGAAUAACUCGUGUGGAGGACCGGGCUGUUCAACGCGUAAAGCAGUUACGGGACCGAUUAGAAGAAUAUGUGAAUACCGGCAAACCAGCCAAUAUGACACAUGCUUUUGGCUCGAUGAUGACAGAUAUUGUUUCUUGUAUGUUGUUCGAGGAACCUAGCGAUUACCUUAAAGAUCCUACAUUCAAUGCCGAUUGGUUUGAGUUACUGAAGAAAGGCUCUAUGACAAUUCCGCUGCUGGCUCAUUUGCCGUGGAUCGCGAAGGUUUUGGUAAUGCCAGUGGUUCGGACCAUCUCCGAACGAGUGACUAAAUGGAGGAUCUGGGACGAUAAAGCGCGCCGACAGAUCGUCAAGGCCAAACUUAGGCCGGCAGAUGAAUCCAAGAAUCGGAGUGACACCACGCUCUUUGACCACCUCGUGCAUAGCGAGCUGGUGGAGUCGAUUUUCGGCAAUGGUGGGUUUGCUCGAUUAUCGCAAUUGAUUCAGCAAGCAGGGACCCAUAAUGUGUCCACUACCCUUGGCACUAUUGUCACCUAUCUAGGACUCAACCCGGAAAUGGAGGAGAGGCUUCGUCAAGAACUGAAGGAACUAUAUGUCGAGAGCCGUCAAGUAGGACCGUCGUGGCGGGAAUUGGAAAAAUUGCCGUACUUGAAAGCUUGCUAUCAGGAAGGCCUGCGAAUGGCAAUGGGACUAUUACAUCGACAAGUGCGAGUGUCACCAAAAGCCGACUUGGAAUGUAAUGGCUGGACAAUUCCCAAGGGAACACCAGUCUCGAUGACCAACCACUGGAUUCAUAUGGAUCCGAACGUUUUCCCAGAACCAGCCUCAUACAAUCCUUCCCGGUGGCUUAGCGGUUCGGAGAAAAUGAAGGUACAGCAAGACUACUUUGUUCCGUUCUCCAAAGGGUCUCGUGCUUGUGUAGCUAAAAAUCUCGUGGACAUGGUUGUCUACCACACCCUCGGAGAACUAAUGGAUCCCGCAACACCUAAAACAGCACCCUCUCCCCAAAUUCACAGAGGAGAGGUGUGGUACAAAGUCAACACACCAGAGUUCGACACGGUAGCCUACGAUCCUCUGGACCCUCCCAAGCGAUACCACACCGGUGUCUUCAUUGAAACAGACACGAAGACCCUCGAAGGAGCGCUAUUUCAAGUCACCGGCGACAUCAUCGCCCGGAGCGGCAUGCGGUUCGAAGUGAAAGAAAACUAUGUUCCUACAGCGGAUAGAUUUUAUCACAGAAGUACAGAUGUUGGAUGGAUUCGCCAAGCCGAUUAUCCGAGAAUAAGGGGGAUCUUGGAAGCCCUGCCCAAACCGACCAAGCAGCAGGGAAUUGACUUUUGGAGCAAGGAGCCAGAUAAGUGGAAUAAGCUUACUUGGACGAAGCAGGAUGGAGAUCUUUACGGGCCAGGCGAGCAACGGCGGCCAAUUAUGAAGUGUAAUGAAUGGACACAUCAGCUUGCGAUUCCAGAGUUGCGACGCGAAGGAAUUUUACAUAGCUCAUUUUGA